UUUGGGAUGCCGUGGCUGCUGUUUCUCAGCCUCCUCUGUCUGGGAAGCGCAAUGCCUGUUACUCCUGACCUAGGCUCAGGACAGGAGCUGGUGGGCAUUGUCGGGGGCUGCCCUGUCUCAGCCAGCCGGUUCCCAUGGCAGGUCAGCCUGAGGUUCUACAAUAUGAAGUACAGUAAAUGGGAACACAUCUGUGGGGGCUCCCUCAUCCACCCUCAGUGGGUGCUGACUGCUGCCCACUGCGUACAGCCGAAAGAACUGGAAGCUUGUGGCUUUAGGGUCCAAGUUGGACAGCUGAGGCUCUAUGAAAAUGACCGACUGACAAAAGUGGCCAGGAUCAUCCGCCACCCCAAGUUCAGUGAGAGGCUGUCUGCCCCAGGGGGUGCAGACAUUGCUCUGCUGAAACUCGACACCCCAGUCAUGCUGUCUGAACAUGUCCACCCUGUCUCCCUCCCUGCUGCUUCCCAGAGGGUCUCCCCAAAGAAGACCUGCUGGGUGGCUGGCUGGGGUGUCAUCGAGGACUAUGCGCCACUGCCCCCACCCUAUCACCUGAGGGAAGUCGCAGUCCCCAUUGUGGGAAACAGUGAUUGUGAGCAGAAGUACCACACCAAUUCUUCCUCGAACAGCAACACCAGGAUGAUCAAAGAUGACAUGCUUUGUGCUGGGAUGAAGGGCCGCGACUCCUGCCAGAGUGACUCCGGGGGCCCCUUGGUAUGCAGGUGGAACUGCUCCUGGGUCCAGGUGGGUGUGGUCAGCUGGGGCAGAGGCUGUGGACUUCCUGACUUCCCUGGUGUAUACACCCGAGUGAUGAGCUACGUGUCCUGGAUUCAUCGCUAUAUUCCCAAGUUCCCAGAACCUUCAGUGGAGCCAGAUGGGAUUAAUACAACGGAAAAGACCCUAACAACUCUUGUUGACCCCCUCACUCCUCCUGCUGAUCCAGCCUUACCCUGUUAAACCUCCCUAUCCCACGGUAGUGAAACUCUCCGUGUU